CUAGGCCAAUCAGAGCACCCCGGACUGCGUUUUUCCCGAACGCCCGCAGCAGGGUCAGAAAGGAGGUGGCCACCCUCAGUCGUGGCCGUUUCUGAACGUUGGUGUCUGGCAGCGCCACCCCCUCUUCCUUUGGUUCCGCGAUGCCUAUGUACCAGGUAAAGCCCUAUCACGGGGGCGGCGCGCCUCUCCGUGUGGAGCUUCCCACCUGCAUGUACCGGCUCCCCAACUUGCACAGCAGGAGCGAGCCGCCGGGCGCAGGCCACGUGCAGGAAGAGCCUAACCCGUCUCUGCAAGCUCUUGAGUCCCGCCAAGAUGAUAUUUUAAAACGUUUGUAUGAGUUGAAAGCUGCAGUUGAUGGUCUCUCCAAGAUGAUUCAGACACCAGAUGCAGACUUGGAUGUAACCAACAUAAUCCAAGCUGAUGAGCCCACAACUUUAACCACCAAUGCGCUGGACUUGAAUUCAAUGCUUGGGAAGGAUUAUGGGGCACUGAAAGACAUCGUGAUCAACGCAAACCCGGCCUCCCCUCCCCUCUCCUUGCUGGUGCUGCACAGGUUGCUCUGUGAGCACUUCAGGGUCCUGGCCACAGUGCACACGCACUCAUCAGUCAAGAGUGUGCCCGAAAACCUGCUCAGGUGCUUUGGAGAACAGAAUCCAAAACAGCCCCGCCAGGACUAUCAGCUGGGAUUCACUUUAAUUUGGAAGAAUGUGCCGAAGACUCAGAUGAAAUUCAGCGUCCAGACGAUGUGCCCCAUCGAAGGAGAAGGGAACAUUGCGCGUUUCUUGUUCUCUCUGUUUGGCCAGAAGCAUAAUGCUGUCAACGCAACUCUCAUAGAUAGCUGGGUAGAUAUUGCCAUUUUUCAGUUAAAAGAGGGAAGCAGUAAAGAAAAAGCUGCUGUUUUCCGCUCCAUGAACUCUGCUCUUGGGAAGAGCCCUUGGCUCGCUGGGAAUGAACUCACCGUAGCAGAUGUGGUGCUGUGGUCUGUACUCCAGCAGACCGGAGGCUGCAGUGUGACAGUGCCAGCCAACGUGCAGAGGUGGAUGAGGUCUUGUGAAAACUUGGCUCCUUUUAACACAGCCCUCAAGCUCCUUAAGUGAAUUUCCGUAACUGAUUUUAAAGGGUUUAGAUCUUAAGAAUGGUGCUGUUUCAUGCCUAUUACCAGUUAAGGGACUUGUAUUAAGAUUCAAGGUCUUUUUAUUUAGGUCAGUUUUAAGUGUCAAUAAAAGCAUCAUGUAAUUUGUGGUUCUCAUUUUAUUUAAAAUUCAGCAAAAUCAUGUACCAUCUACCAUGAUGACUGCCAACUCCAUGACAGACCCUUUCAAAAACCAGUUCAGCUUGCUGCCCCUGAGAGAUGUAAUUGGCUGGGGAGUUGAGUGCUGUAAUGAAGGAGGAAAUACUGGGGACAGGGCAGGGCAAAGGUGGGAAAGACAUCUGAGCUGCCUUGAGAUCAUCUGGCGUGAGAAGUACAAAGUUUUGCAAGGGUGUGGUUUUGGGAUGACAGUAAGUUAAAGGUGGAGAGAACAGAUAAAAAGGUUGAAAGUUGCACACUGUAUACUGUUAAGAAGUUGAGUUUUAUCUUAGAGGCAGCAGCAGAUUUGGAGCCAAGGAAUGAAAUGGUCAGGCGUCCUUCUGGUAAUUAACAUACGCGGCAGUGUGAAGGGGGUAGGAAGACUGGCAGCUGUCAAAACUGGAGCAGUCCAGUGAGUAUGUGCAGGCCUGGGCUUGGGCAGUGACAGAGGCGGGGAGCACAGGUCAAUUUCCGCAGUAGAACCUUCUAAAGGAAGACCGGGGUGGGGGGCGGUCAACAGAGUUGAAAAGAGAGUAAUUGAGGAUGAGGUCAAAGUUUUUGGUUUGAGAGACUAGGCAUAUGGUAAUAUUUAGGUAGGAAAUUGAGGAAAAGGCGCUUGUGGGGCAGAAAGGGAAGGAGCCGGAGCUUGGGGCACUCUUGCAUCUUUAAUAAAUCUUGUAAAGGCUUACUAAAUACAACUAAGAAUUAUAUCAACUAUACCCUAACAAAGAUGAAAAAUUUA